CGGGAGAAGGAAGUAAAUUUGUUGUCGGGUUGAUGUCAUCUCACGGUUUCUAAGAGCAUCUGUCCCCGUAGAUUAAAUUAUAUAACCGGACACAUCACACUGUGUCGUGCAGGGGCUGAACGCCACUCGGCAAGCAUUCGUUCCUCCAUCGGAACGAGAAAGCUUGGAAGUGCUUCGCUGGUGCUCGUUAACGGGUUUUUUUUCCGGUGGGGACGAAACGGCGUGGGUGAAGGAGAGGGCCUUGCCCGGAUAUCUGUCUAACCAGCCCAAACCGUGCUUCUGUACCCUCGGUUACCUGGCGAAGCAGUCGUGUCAGCGACACAUACCUACCUGCAUUUGUCCAUUCGUUUAGACAGCGCGACGGACUAGGCUACUCCACGCUAAGGAACACCCGGAUCGGUUAACUGAAAGGCACCAAUGGCAGAUAACCUGAGUGAAGCGCUGAAGACUCUGAAGCUCUCGUCCACGAGCAGCUCAGCGGAUGCACUGGAGGGAUGUCUGGACUGCCUGCUCAAGGCCCUGGCCGACAACAAUAUGGAGGCCAGUGAGAAGCUGCAGGAGAUGGGGGUGCUGUCUCAGCUGCCUGCUCUGCUCAGCGCUCCGUCCCCCUGCACCCCCAAAGUGGCCAACGUCAUCGCCGAGGUGGCCAAGAACGAGUUCAUGCGGGGUGUGUGUGUGGAUGCUGGCCUCAUCCCCCCGCUGGUGCAGCUGCUGAGCUCCCAAGAGCAGGAGGUUCUGCUGCAGACAGGACGAGCCCUAGGCAACAUCUGCUACGACAGCCAGGAGGGUCGGAGUGCGGUGGAGGCUGAGGGGGGGGCUGAGCGGGCCUUUGAGCUCUUAGUGAGACUGGCCCCCAGCACAGACCCCCACACCGGGAAACUCCUGACUGUGUUGUGUGGCAUGCUGAUGAACUAUAGCAAUGAGAAUGACUCUCUCCAGGCUCAGCUGAUUAAUAUGGGGGUCAUCCCUACUCUGGUCAAGCUCCUGGGGCUCCACACUGACAACACCCCCCUCACAGAGAUGUGCCUCAUCGCCUUCGGCAACCUAGCAGAGCUCGAGUCGAGUAAGGAGCAGUUUGCGUCCACGCCCAUCGCACAGGAGCUGGUGCAGCUCUUCAGAAAGCAGCUGGAGCACGAGAGGAAGGAGAUGAUCUUCGAGGUGCUCGCGCCUCUAGCUGAGAACGACGUGAUUAAGCUGCAGCUGGUGGAGGCGGGGCUAGUGGAGUGUCUGCUGGACGUGGUGUCACACACACUGGGCAGCGAGCGAGAGGAGGACGUGGCCGAGCUCAAGACUGCCUCCGACCUCAUGGUGCUGCUGCUGCUGGGAGAUGAGUCGAUGCAGAAGCUGUUUGAGGGCGGGAAGGGGAGUGUGUUCCAGAGGGUUCUAUCGUGGGUUCCGUCUGAUAAUCAUCAGCUGCAGCUGGCAGGAGCACUGGCCAUCGCCAACUUUGCCCGCAACGAUGGGAACUGUAUCCACAUGGUGGAGUCGGGGAUCGUGCAGAAGCUUCUGGAGCUGCUGGAGCGCCACGUGGAGGAGGGCAACGUCACCGUGCAGCACGCCGCUCUGAGCGCGCUCAGGAACCUCGCCAUCCCUGUGGUGAAUAAGUCUAAGAUGCUGGCGGCGGGAGUGGCCGAGGUCGUGUUGAAGUUCCUGCAGUCAGAGAUGCCACCAGUUCAGUUCAAACUGCUGGGUACUCUACGCAUGCUCAUCGACACACAAGUAGACGCAGCAGACCAGCUGGGCACCAACUCUAAGCUGGUGGAGAGGCUGGUAGAGUGGUGUGAAGCUAAAGACCACGCAGGAGUGAUGGGGGAGUCCAACCGCCUACUCUCCGCUCUCAUACGACACAGCAAGUCAAAGGACGUCGUCAGAACAGUUGUUCAGAGUGGCGGUGUCAAGCACCUGGUGACCAUGGCGACCAGUGAGCACAUGAUCAUGCAGAACGAGGCUCUGGUGGCCCUGGGUAUCAUCGGCGCCCUUGACCUGGCACUGGCAGAGAAGGACUUUGUGGGUGCCAGCCUGGUGCAGAUUCUGCACAAGCUGCUGACUGACGAGAGGAGUGCUCCAGAGAUCAAGUACAACUCCAUGAUCCUGAUCUGCUCCCUCAUGGGCUCAGAGCCGCUCCACAGGGAGGUGCAGUCUCUGGCCUUCAUAGACGUGGUGUCCAAGCUGCGCUCGCACGAGAACAAGACGGUGUCCCAUCAGGCCUCGCUCACGGAGCAGCGGCUCACCGCGCAGAGCUAGAGGACUCUUACACACACACACACACACACACACACACACACGUACACACACACACACACACACACCCUCUCACUGCCUGCCCAUGACAACCCCCCGUCCCACCCCCACCCUGAGAGAAAACCUCACUGUGUGCCCCGUCGUCAUGUGCCAAGGUAACCCCCCCCCCCCAACCCACACAGGUGUGUGUACAGGUAGACCGGAUCAGGUGCCCUCCAACACACACACACCCUCCAACACACACACACCCCUUCCGCAA